GUUUGUACCAACUUUGCACGUUGUAAGCAGCACCCCCGCAUGGCAUGAGCGAAAACUGUGGCAUCAAGAUAAGUCCGAAUGACAAGGGCAAGGGAAGAUUUGUAACAGGAAGCUGACAACGUACAGGUCUACACCUAUAAACUGAUUUAGUCUGCAAAAUGCUGAGGCAGUUGUUACGGACACAGUGUCCUGUAAAAAGACUAAUUUUGACAUGUAUUGAAAGACCUCUGCAGAAUGCUGGUCUUCUUUCAAGGCAGAUGUGGACAAUGGUUUGUCCGAGCACAAAGCAGACACUGAUGUUGCCAAAGCCUGCUUGGUGUCAAUCAACAAGGCUGCAACAUGAUGAUAUACUCAUGACAAAGGAAGAGAAAGCUGCUGCUGCUGAGAAAAUUCUUGCCAAUCUUGACCCAGAUAGACAAAAGCAGCUUGAUAUCAUAAAGCUAGAAUAUGAUGUACUCCAGCAGUCUCGUGUGGAUGUACCAGAGAAUAUCCUAGCAUCAGAUUGGCUAGAGUUACUAAAUCUACCAUCACAAAGCUCCAGAAGGCGUCUCUAUCGUUACCUUGUGAAAACCGAAAGAAAAAAGAAAUCUGCAGUGAUGAAGAAGGCCAAGAGGGCUCUUUUGAAAGCUGAACAGAUGUCGAAACCUGAAGGAGAGAAGGAAAAAAAAUCAAACAUUAUUUUCCCUAUGUAUAACAACCCUGCAAAACUGUAUCGGAACAAUAAUGUGGCUCAUUCAAUGAUGUUUGGACCUGAUGUUAUUGUAGAUCUUGACUUUGAUGACCACAUGCGAGAUAUGGAUUCUUCACAUCUAGCAAACCAACUUUUCAUGGGUCACAGGUUCAAUUGUGAGGACCCAGAACCUUUUCAUAUGAUUUUUACCAAUGCCUCCUCAUCAAAUAGAACCAUUCAGUAUAUGUCCAAAAGGUGUGGUUUUUCACUUGACAAAAUGAUGUUUACUGUGACUGAGAAGGAUUAUCUAGAUCUGUAUCCAAAGGAAAAGCUGGUGUACCUGACUCCACAUACAGACAAAGUCUUGACCGAGUUUAGCUAUGACGACAUCUACAUUAUAGGAGGUCUCAUUGACAAAGCCAUUUCAAAACCUUUGACUUUUGCCAAAGCAAAAGAACAAAGGAUUAGGACAGCCAAAUUUCCCCUGGACAACUACCUCAUUUGGGAGAAAGGAGGAAAAAGACUGACAAUAGAUCAAGUGAUCAAGAUUCUUGUGUCACUCAAACACAGCAACUGUUGGAAAACUGCACUGGAACAUGUACCAUCACGAAAAAUUGUCAGAUUCUGAGAGCUGCCGAGAAACCUAGGACACUGUAUAGGUUAAACUGUUAGGCUUGGAUACAUGUCAUUGAAUGCACACUGACCUUGAGAGACCUCAGAAAUGUGCUAGUCUUUGUAAAGGGACGAUAACAAGGAGUUCAGUGUUGAGAGGAAUUAGAGUGAGUGAGUAUUCCAUUUAUAUCGCUGCGUGUCAGCUUAAUGUCGGAGGAAAGCCUGAAGUGAUGCAGGUCUCAGACGUUUACCACUUCGGUGAAACCGACGAGCACGGGUAUGG